CGUUGCAGUUUGGACAUGAACCACUGUAAAAUGAACAAACGUGGAAAGAUAAAGUAAAAUAAAAGCCUGAAAAAAGAGUUCCAUUUCCAUCCAUCCCCGCAACACAAACUCGAUUCGCUUGAAUAAGACAAACAAAUUCGAGGAUUACUUUCUUUCCAUUCAUCCACACAACAUCACAGAUAAAACUAUUACUAAUAGAUUCACUCCACACCCUCUUUUCUCUUACAAUACAACUACGCAUCAAUGUCUUAAAUUCCCAACUUCUCACUUAAAUCCUACACCCUAAAGAAAUCAAAAUCAAAAUCAACCUCGUUCCAUGGCUGCUGCUGCUGCGUUUCGAUCAAAACCUUCAAACUACAAAGAAAAAGCAACACUUGCUUUGUCCCAAUUAAGAUACUUCGCUUUCAACUACACACACGCUGGUAACUCUCACUAUCCUUCACGCACACCCUUAAUCAACACCCCUUAUCACUUCACGUCCUUCAAACCCCUUUCUCUCCGCGGCGAUUUCACCCAAACCCAUAACGGUAAUUCUACUACCACUACACCCAAUCCUAACCCUAAUAACCAUCUUCCCUAUGAUACAACCGCCUAUAGGGUUCUUGUUUCUUCAUUUGGGGAUCCUCCUGAAGUUUGGUCUGGUGGUGGAAUUGUUGUUCGCCCGGGAAAUUCUAAUUAUGAUGUUUCUGGCGGUGGUGGUGCUGGUGGUGCUAGCUCCGGUGGUGGUGAUUCGGCGAAUUCCAAAGAUGGGUGUUGGGGUGGCUCCAAUUUGGGAGGUAGUUUUCCUACUCCUAAGGAGAUUUGUAAAGGCCUUGAUAAAUAUGUAAUUGGACAAGAGAGGGCCAAGAAGGUGCUUUCUGUGGCAGUUUAUAAUCAUUAUAAGAGAAUCUUUCAUGAAUCUUCACCCAAGUCUAUGUGGCCUGCAGGAGAUUCAAGUAAUGAUGGUAAAGCUGAUGAUGUUGAUGAUGAUAGAGUUGAACUUGAGAAAAGCAAUAUCCUUUUGAUGGGGCCAACAGGAUCAGGGAAGACAUUACUUGCCAAAACCUUGGCUCGGUUUGUAAAUGUUCCCUUUGUUAUUGCAGAUGCAACUACACUCACUCAGGCUGGUUAUGUCGGAGAAGAUGUGGAGUCCAUAUUAUACAAGCUCCUCUCGGCUGCAGAUUAUAAUGUGGCAGCUGCACAGCAAGGCAUUGUUUACAUUGAUGAAGUUGACAAGAUUACCAAAAAGGCUGAGAGCCUUAAUAUCAGUAGAGAUGUCUCUGGUGAAGGUGUUCAGCAGGCAUUACUGAAGAUGCUUGAGGGAACGGUUGUCAAUGUUCCUGAGAAGGGAGCCCGAAAGCAUCCAAGAGGUGACAAUAUUCAGAUUGACACAAAGAAUAUACUUUUCAUUUGUGGAGGAGCCUUCAUUGACUUAGAGAAAACAAUUUCAGAAAGGCGCCAAGAUUCUUCUAUCGGAUUUGGAGCACCUGUACGCGCAAAGAUGAAGGCCGGAGGUGUCACAGAUGGUGCUAUUGCGUCAUCAUUAUUAGGAACUGUUGAAAGCAGUGAUCUUAUCGCAUAUGGUUUAAUACCUGAAUUUGUUGGACGGUUUCCUAUUCUUGUCAGCCUCUCAGCCUUAACUGAAAAUCAACUCAUUCAGGUCUUCACAGAACCGAAGAAUGCUUUAGGGAAGCAAUACAGGAAGAUGUUCCAAAUGAAUGGAGUAAAGCUUCAUUAUACAGAAAGCGCUCUCAGAUCAAUUGCAAGAAAAGCAAUAUCUAAAAAUACCGGUGCUCGGGGCCUACGAGCAAUAUUAGAGAGUGUUUUGGUAGAUUCCAUGUUUGAGAUUCCUGAUAUCAGAACAGGCGACGAUGUUAUAGAUGCUGUUGUUGUUGAUGAAGACUCUGUUGGAGGUGAGGGUUGUGUGAAAGGCGCUAAAAUCCUUCAUGGUAGGGGUGCAUUGGAUCGUUAUCUUUCCGAGGAGAAGAAAGAUUCGGAGAGCAUGGAGGUUUCUGGUGGAGAUCAAGAAGCAGAGACAGAACUUCCUUCCAUUGUUGUCAGCAUGUAAUAAAAUCCGUUGGUGAUAUUUAUUAUUGUAGUUAUCUUUGUACAUAAUAACUAGUUGAUACAUUUGUUAAAAAUAAUAUAAAGGGUUAGAUUCAGAUGCCCCAUGUCAUGUGAAUUGGGUCGAAAUCAAUGUACUAUAUAAGAGUAGUUCAAGAGUGACCUCCUGUGGUUAGUCUCAUAUGCACAAAUCAUAGUGAGGUAAACUAAAUGUCACAUACCUCUUUUAAAUGUGAAAAUACCGUAUUCAUUUAUGUAGUUUUGGGGCAACACUGGUGUAAGAAACCAAAAAUGUAUAUCACUGUAUAAUUUCCGUUCGUC